CCCGCCCCAGCGCCAGCCCCUUUUGUUCCCUCCCGGAGCCGGGGCGCUCGCUCCGCUCCUCUCCGCUGGCUCUGCUCGGCCGCGGGGCGCGCAGGCGGCGGCCGGUCGUCCUCGGUCAGCGCCUCCUGCUUUCCCACCGGCUGCCGGCCGCACACGCGCGGCACGAGGCCCGAGUCCGGAGGCGAACGCGGAGUCCCGGCGCCAGGAGGUGUUCCAUCGGAGGGCUGCGGGGAGCGGCCGCAGCAUCCUCUCCCCCCGCGGCGGCCGGGCCGGCAGAGGAGGAGGCCGGCUCCGGGCCGCCGCCGCUCGGCCUGAAGCUGGAGGGGCGAAGGUGAGUGACGAUGGCGGAGAGAACGUGACCUGCCCGGGCCCUUCUCCACCCAUUGAGUGGCACCACCAUGCAGAAGCCCAGCGGCCUGAAGCCCCCCGGCCGUGGGGGGAAGCACUCGAGCCCCAUGGGCCGGACGUCUACUGGGUCAGCUUCAGCCUCUGCCGCGACGGCGGCCACCGGCUCCAAGGAAGGCUCCCCCCUGCACAAGCAGGCGUCGGGGGGCUCCUCCACGGCCGUGCCCGGCGCCCCUGAGAAGCCUGGAGCGAAGGCUGCCGAGGUGGGAGAUGAUUUCGUGGGAGACUUCGAGGUUGGCGAGCGCGUGUGGGUGAACGGUGUGAAGCCCGGCGUGGUGCAGUACCUGGGCGAGACACAGUUCGCGCCAGGCCAGUGGGCCGGUGUGGUGCUGGACGAGCCGGUGGGCAAGAACGACGGUGCUGUGGGUGGCGUGCGCUACUUCGAGUGCCCGGCCCUGCAGGGCAUCUUCACGCGGCCCUCCAAGCUGACCCGGCAGCCCACGGCCGAGGGCUCGGGCAGCGAUACCCACUCGGUAGAGUCGCUGACCGCCCAGAACUUGUCGCUGCACUCAGGCACGGCCACACCCCCGCUGACCAGCCGCGUCAUCCCGCUGCGCGAGAGCGUCCUCAACAGCUCCGUCAAGACGGGCAACGAGUCAGGCUCCAACCUCUCAGACAGUGGCUCCGUGAAGCGGGGUGACAAGGACCUGCGCCUAGGAGACCGGGUGCUGGUUGGCGGGACGAAGACUGGCGUGGUACGGUACGUGGGGGAGACGGACUUUGCCAAGGGCGAGUGGUGUGGCGUGGAGCUGGACGAGCCCCUUGGGAAGAACGAUGGGGCGGUGGCGGGCACCAGGUACUUCCAGUGCCCACCCAAGUUUGGUCUCUUCGCACCCAUCCACAAGGUGAUCCGUAUCGGCUUCCCAUCCACCAGCCCAGCCAAGGCCAAGAAGACCAAGCGUAUGGCCAUGGGUGUCUCAGCACUGACCCACAGCCCCAGCAGCUCCUCCAUCAGCUCUGUCAGCUCUGUGGCCUCCUCUGUGGGGGGCCGGCCAAGCCGCAGCGGCCUGCUCACGGAGACCUCUUCGCGCUACGCCCGCAAGAUCUCAGGCACAACUGCCUUGCAAGAAGCACUGAAGGAGAAACAGCAGCACAUCGAGCAGCUGCUGGCUGAACGGGACCUGGAGCGGGCCGAGGUGGCCAAGGCCACGAGCCAUAUCUGCGAGGUGGAGAAGGAGAUCGCCCUGCUCAAGGCACAGCAUGAGCAGUAUGUUGCAGAAGCAGAGGAGAAGCUGCAGCGGGCCCGGCUCCUGGUGGAGAGCGUGCGGAAGGAGAAGGUAGACCUGUCCAACCAGCUGGAGGAGGAGAGGAGGAAGGUGGAGGACCUGCAGUUCCGCGUGGAGGAGGAGUCCAUCACCAAGGGAGACCUGGAGACCCAGACGCAGCUGGAGCACGCGCGCAUUGGGGAGCUGGAGCAGAGCCUGCUACUGGAGAAGGCGCAGGCCGAGCGGCUGCUCCGAGAAUUAGCCGACAACAGGCUGACCACAGUGGCCGAGAAGUCGCGGGUGCUGCAGCUGGAGGAGGAGCUGACCCUGCGACGUGGGGAGAUCGAGGAGCUGCAGCAGUGCCUGCUGCACUCGGGCCCGCCGCCCGCCCACCACCCCGAGGCCGCCGAGACCCUGCGGCUGCGGGAGCGGCUGCUGUCGGCCAGCAAGGAGCACCAGCGGGAGAGUGGCGUGCUGCGGGACAAGUAUGAGAAGGCCCUGAGGGCCUACCAGGCCGAGGUGGAGAAGCUCCGGGCUGCCAACGACAAGUACGCGCAGGAGGUGGUGGACCUCAAGGCCAAGGUCCAGCAGGCCACCAGCGAGAACAUGGGGCUCAUGGACAACUGGAAGUCCAAGCUGGACUCCCUGGCCUCAGACCACCAGAAGUCCCUGGAGGACCUCAAGGCCACCCUGAACUCAGGCCCCGGCGCCCAGCAGAAGGAGAUCGGGGAGCUGAAGGCCGUGAUGGAGGGCAUCAAGAUGGAGCACCAGCUGGAGCUGGGCAACCUGCGGGCCAAACACGACAUCGAGACCGCCAUGCACGUGAAGGAGAAGGAGGGCCUGCGGCAGAAGCUGCAGGAGGCCCAGGAGGAGCUGGCCGGGCUGCAGCAGCACUGGCGGGCCCAGCUGGAGGUGCAGGCCAGCCAGCUCCGGCUAGAGCUGCAGGAGGCCCAGGACCAGCGCCGUGACUCCGAGCUGCGGGUGCACGAGCUGGAGAAGCUGGAUGCUGAGUACCGGGGCCAGGCGCAGGCCAUCGAGUUCCUCAAGGAACAGAUCUCCCUGGCCGAGAAGAAGAUGCUGGACUACGAGCUGCUGCAGCGGUCGGAGGCCCAGAGCAAGCAGGAGGCUGAGAGGCUGCGGGAGAAGCUGUUGGUCGCCGAAAACAGACUCCAAGCUGUCGAGUCCCUGUGCUCGUCCCAGCACACCAACAUGAUUGAGUCGAACGACAUUUCAGGGGAGAAGAUCAGGAUGAAGGAGACUGUGGAAGGCCUGCAAGACAAGCUGAACAAGAGGGACAAAGAGGUGACAGCCUUGACGUCGCAGACCGACAUGCUCAGGGCCCAAGUAAGUGCACUGGAGAGCAAGUGCAAGUCAGGAGAGAAGAAGGUGGAGGCCCUCCAGAAGGAGAAGCGGCGCCUGGAGUCGGAGCUGGAGGCCGUGUCCCGGAAGACCCACGAUGCCUCAGGCCAGCUGGUGGUCAUCAGCCAGGAGCUGCUCAGGAAGGAGCGGAGCCUGAACGAAUUGAGGGUAUUGUUGCUGGAGGCCAAUCGCCACUCCCCAGGGCCUGAACGGGACCUGAGCCGCGAGGUCCACAAGGCUGAGUGGCGGAUCAAGGAGCAGAAACUCAAGGAUGACAUCCGGGGCCUGCGUGAAAAGCUGACCGGGCUGGACAAGGAAAAGGCCCUGUCAGAGCAGAGGCGCUACUCCCUCAUUGACCCAUCCUCAGCACCGGAGCUCCUGCGGCUGCAGCACCAGCUGAUGAGCACAGAGGAUGCCCUGCGGGACGCGCUGGACCAGGCGCAGCAGGUGGAGAAGCUCAUGGAGGCCAUGAGGGGCUGUCCCGACAAGUCCCCGGCUAUCGGCAACUCCGGUUCUGCAAACGGUAUCCACCAGCAAGACAAGGCCCACAAACAAGAGGACAAGCACUGACCCUGAGGGACACCUUGGAGCAGCCCAGUUGGCACCAGAGCCCCUCCGUUCUGCCCCAGCGGCACCUCCUCCAGGCAGGGGCCAGGACUGUCACUUUGGAGACAAGAACAGUGUUUGUAACAAUAACGUACCCACCGCCGUGGACAAUCCCCCACCCAGACCCCCUGCCGGACCAGGAGGCUUCCUCAAGCACGACCUUCUCCAGAAAGCGGUACAGCCCUGGCCUGGCCCCGGACCUUCAGCCUGGACACCCAGGACAACCUGGCAGUUUCUGGAGUUUGGGAGGCUGAAGCAAUCCGGCCAGGCCCUUCUCCCCAGAAUGAGAUGACCUGAGGACCAUCUUGGUGCCCUAGGCAUGUCCCUGCCCUCCCUUUCUUCCCCUCCUUCUCCUGGGUCCCCGUCAGACCCGAGAGCCACUGUCCCAGGAAAGAGUCAGAGGAGGUCCUCUCCUUGCAGGCACGUGGAGGGAAUCCAGUCCUCAGAAGCCGGGGGGGGGACCCCCUUUUCUGUAGCCACUUCCAGACAAAGGCAGUCCCCAGGGCUGUUUGUCCCCACAUCCUGAGCCUCCUUCAAGCACUGGCACAAGUUCCCUUUGGCCCAUCUGCCCAGUGAAAUCCCGGGUUCAAGGUGUUGGGGGACAAGGCCCUUCAUCCCUCCAACACCAACACACAGUUACACACAGCUCCACGCUGCUGGCCAGAGGGUGGUCACCAAGGCCAGGAGCCACAGUAUUAGGAAAGUUUGGAAGCCCCUCUCAACCCCCCACCAGUGACCUGGCGUGAAGCUGGAGCAAGGCGGCCCCUGGGGAGCCCAGAACAGGGCUCCAGGCAUGUUUUGACUGGUCAGUGAUACGGUGCCCUCUGGGCUGACGAGAUAUUCCAAAACUGGGCUUCUCUCCUGAAGGUGCGCCCGUGCAGGCCCUGGCAUAUGCACCCAGUGACCCUUGGCACACGCACACUCAGAGGGGUCACACAUGCACACGUGGGCAUUUAGGUGGGGUGUUUGUAGUCAGCCACGCUCAGGCCACACAGACGCACACACUUGGGUUCCAGGACUGGGCCUCAGGCCUGGCAGAACUGUGCCCGCACACACCACAAGCAUUCCUGCAGCCUGGCUGUGCACAUGUGGGUGAAUGUUCAGGGGUGUGCGUGCCAAGCACAUGCCCCAGAGUGCACAGGUACCAGCAGCCCCCUUUCAGUCUUACCAGGCACCCGCCCAGAGCUUCGUAAGCCCUGUUCUCCAGGAAAAGAACCUAAGGGAUGUUGUUGGCAAGAAAAAUCUAACCGUCUGUCCCUCUUCCUCUCAAGCCCUGCUGAGCUUCUCCAGGCCUGUGCGUGGCGGGGAAAGCCAGCCUUUGCCCUGCAGCUCCCACCUCCAGAGCGAGAGGACCUGCAGGUUAUGCCUUGUGCUGCAGCACCACCGCAGAGGGCCUGACCUGCCUCCCCAGUUCAGGGAGAGUUUUCACUUGGGGUCCCACCCCAGCGGGGCUGCAGGGGGGCUCCUGGCAUCCCAUCAUGGCGUUCCCAAGGUGUGCCAGGGUAGGUGUGCAGUCUGUCCCUGGAGCAGCCCAGGUAGCCUCAGUGCUCCUGGGUACAGAGGGGUGGUGCCCAUCCUAGGGCAGCCGGUUAAUCCCAUCGGCCCCCUCCACUCUCCCAUUGGCUUUUGGUAGCUCUCGCAUGCCGUUUUAUUAACAACCGUCUAGAAAUGAUGCUUUAGUGGCCUAACAGAGUCAAAUACUAUUUCCAGCAAAAUCAGGCAGCUCGCCCACCCACAGGAGGCCUGAUCAGUCUACUAACAGCCAAAGGCCCUCACCCGGAGGAGCUGAGCCCCCACGGCUUGCAGGUGGCAGGUGUCAAAAAGCGACUUCCCAGUGAUGAUCUCCGCCUGCCCGAUGUGGACUCAGCCGUCCCCUUCCCCAGGUCCUCCCCGCACCCUUCCCCUCCCAAAGUGGAAUUGUUGAAGUGUGGCGAGUCCGUGCUCGAGACAAUAAAGCUUGUGACUGAGGUCCAGGACCCCUGCUGUCUGCUCCU